CAAAUUUCAACCUCUCGUCAGAUCCCUCCCACGAUCUCCAUCUAUCUAAGCUUCUCUCCCCUCCUCUCAAAACACUCGGAAGAACAACAUUACUGCAUCUUCGGCAAACACCCUGAGAAUUCAAUUCGCAACCUCCUUUUCUUCGUUGUCUUAUCUUCUGAGUAAGAGCAGGAGAGAUGGCAUCCACCUCCGCUGUUUCAAUGGCGACGCCAUUAACUUCUGCAAGCCACAAGAGGCUACCUCCGAGCUCUGAUGCCUUCUUCAAGCCCUUGCCCUUGAGGUCUUCCAAGGCAAUAGAAGCGACCUCGUCAAGAGCCAACGCAAAGCUCCAAGUUCGAUCAUCACUCAAGGAGAAGGCCGUCACCGGAUUGACAGCAGCUGCCCUGACCGCUUCCAUGGUUAUCCCUGAGGUGGCUGAGGCGGCCGGCCCGGGAAUUUCCCCCUCUCUCAAGAAUUUCUUGCUUAGCAUUGUUGCCGGUGGAGUCGUGCUAGGUGUAAUCGUUGGUGCUGUCAUCGGCGUCGCCAACUUCGACCCUGUCAAACGGAGCUAAAUAUAUACAUUAGGAAGACAGAGCGAGAAUCUAAAUUGCUGUUUCUUUUUUCUUCUUGUUCUAUGAUGUAUCGUAAUCUCUGUAUCUUUAUGUUUUAUUCAUGUUGGUACAAUUUGUAAUUUCUCAGAUCUAUUUUCGUCGUUUUUAUGAA